AUCAUCAAUUCAAAAGCGCGCUCAAAGUUCGUUACAGCGUCCGCGGAUUAUGGUUUCCUUUUUCUCAUGUAAAAAUUUGUGAUAACAUUCCCUCUCGUGUGUUUUCCUCCAAAUCUAAACCAUUCGUUUCAGUUAAUUUUGGAGCUCACCUUUGCACCUAUAAUGAAGACUACCAACAAAGCUGAGCAAUCUACAUCAACAGCCAAGAAAGCCCCAGUGAAAGGUUUUCGGAAACUGCUUCAACCUUUGCAAGUGUCGGCAACAGACAAAGAAAAUUUGGUCGGUGCAGGUCGAUCCGCUCCCCUUAAGGACGUUCUGGAAAAGCCUGGCUCUAAACAGAAGGAAACCAGAGAGAUUGAAAAGCCUGCCAAAACAACCAUCACAAUUGAUAAACCCGUCAAAUCUGCUAUCACAAUUGAAGAUUUGACCUCAGAUACUCCUAGUGCGAACUACUGGGAACUGAAGUGCAAGCAGCUCACCAAAUCUUUAGAAGAAACACUGACUGAAAACAGAGUCCUGCACGAACGGAUCAAACUUUUAGAGGAAGAAAAUGAGUUGUGCAAGCAACAGUUGUACGAAACUGCUGAAAUCGUCACUUGCCUAACUGAAAUCAUCAACGAACCGAAUGACCAACGACCAGAAAACGAUCAGAUGAACUGAAUUUACCUUUCUAAAAUGUUAGACUCAUUUGUAUUCAUGAACGGCAAUCUUUAUCUUGUAGCAAGAUUUUGUUUUUGUUUCUCAUUAUGUAUGCUCAUUUACUUUUAUACAGGAAACAUCAUUUUUAAGAAAUUGUGUUUUGAAAGGUUUUUUUUCUCGCCCAUGUUCUCUGCCAAUACGGAAUUCUCUUAUAUCACUUUUGAGGUUUCAAAGCUUCUGUAGACUUUUCCUCUUCUUAUGUACAAAAAUGUAGAAUUACCAGUAAAAUGCAAAACCUCCAUGUCACCUAAGCAUCAUCUUUUCCUCGAUCUCUCACUUUUUUUUAUUUGCGUACAAAACUGGCAUAUUGUUUUGAGUUCUCUCUUAUUUCUGGUCAAUCCUCCUAUACAGUGGUAGAGACUUCUUUUCAAAGGGCGGCUUGUUAUGUUUUUGUAAGAAACUAUGUUCAGCAGACUCAGAUCUACCCUCAAAUCAAGUGAUCUUCGUUGCUUCCUUCGAGCUGAUGAAGCAGAAAGUUUUAAUUUUCUUGAUUUGUUCUAUCAGUGUUCGAACAUCUCCUGGGCUUGAUUCCUCUAAUAUUUCAAUCCUUCUAUACCAAGUCAAGAAAUUUCAAAACAUAAUUGUGAAGGGCUCCAGAAGGAGGGCUAGCAAUGAUUCAGGUAAGCUUUUUUCUCCAAGAAGCAGCUAUCUGGACAAGCAGCAAAGACGCUGAGAACAUAGCUACUUGCUUGUCUAGAUAAGAAUUAGAGAAACGAACUUGUCUUUGUUUUAGGGGCUUUCCCUCCGGAAUCCUCCUCAAUUCAUCGUUUUCUGCUUGAAGGAACAAAUCUUGUUGGCGCUAUUUUAGUGUUUAUACGAAUUUUUUUUCCCCCCUCUCCAGUGGCUAACCAUUGUACGAGUUUAUCUGAAAAUUUCAGCCUUUUUUUUUUUUUUUUUUUUGCAAGUGUAAGAAAUAAUCAAAGGAAAGGUCAGGUAAAUUCAUGUGAUGGUUCUCCUGUAAAAAAAUAAAAUUUCACUGAAAAUUCUAAAUUAGUGCAAUCGAAAUACGCAUAUGUUCCUUUGUGCAGGAGACAGCAUAUUGCAGUCAACUUUUGCUGGGGGUCGACCUGAGUCCUUUUAAUGGAGAUUGAAAAAUCUUAAACUCCUUAAGUGAGCUUUUAGGUAACUCUUAAUGUGUGCAUUUGUUCUGUAAGCACAUCUCUGUAAAAUCAUUUAAAGUUUUCACCUCCUAAAAUAAUUGUAAUUCCCAUCUGUGUGAGAUAUAAGUAUUUUUAGAGUUCAGAAGACAUGGCCUAAGGAUAUUUUAAAUAGAACUAGUUUUUUAAUAAUUGUUGAAGUUUUAAAUUUUUUUAAUCGAUUUAGCUUUUAACUUCUUUUUACUUUUUUACUGACUUCUUUCAUCACUGCUCAUUGAAUUAGUAUGUAUGUGUGAAUACUUUGUAUACUGAGCUCAAGAUGAUAAUAAUCUUAAUUUGUAAAGUUAAUUUUUUUUCUCGUAAUAAUACUAAUUGUAAGCUAGCUUAUAUCGUUAAAACAAAGUCAUAUGUAUCUCUAGUUUCUCGCUUUGUUGGUAAAAAUUCAAAGGUACAACAUUGAGCAAGUUUACCAUUAUGUAGUUAUAAAUGACCAAAGCUUUGUAAGUUAAACAGUAGCCAACUCAACCAGUUCGCCUGAAGCCAUUCAUUUAUUCCUCAGGGCCUGCAUAUAUUGAGGUGCAAAGUGCGCAAUGUUGCUAUUUUGGAAAUUACCUCCCUAAAUUUUGUUUCUUCUUUUGUGGCAACAAAUAAAAUGGCUGUAAAACCCAUGGCAAUGCUGAAACUUAUACUAAUGAUAAAAUCUGUUUGUCAUGGAGUUAAAAUCUACCUACAAUUUGAUGGACAAGUGACAAUUUUCUUUCUUUGAUUUUAAGCUAUGUUCUAGCUAUCAAUCGAUGAGGGAAUGUCACCAAAUUUUUGGAACUAAUGAAAGCUCAAUAUGUACAUCAAAUCUUUUCUUACAACAUAAUACACCAUCAUUCAUUGCUUGAAUUCCUGGAUUAAUUUUUUUUGUCAAUUUCAUUAAAGCGAUAACUUCUGAAUGUUCUGUUUUUUCCUUGAGACAACUUGUGAGAAAUUUGUUUCAUAAUUUUAACUCUAAUUCUUUUUGUUCUGUGCUCCUGUCAAUAAAACUACAGUAAUUUUUCAAGUUAUAAGAAA